UACAUGUAUCUAUCUGUUGGCGGACAUGUUAUUUAGUCAUCUGAACUGAAACCACGAAGGAAUAUCCAAUUGUGUGGUGUAAAUUAUUGUAACAUUGGAGUAUAGUGUCUGCGAAUCCAAAAUAAGAGAAGAUGACAGGGCAAUCUAUAACAUAACGAUGCACGUGACAUGAUAAACCCUGAACUUUGGAUUGGUUCAUACCAAGACAACUGUUACGAUGAAACCUAAGAAACUUGCUGUCCUACUGUUUGGAAUACAUUCCAUAACACAAGCAUGUCAACAAUUGGAAACGAUGCUAUCAGGAGGGAACACACCAGGCUGCUUGAAAAUGUAGACACAAGGUAUAUUGCUGACUAUCUUUACGAAAAUGAGUUUCUGUCUCAAGAAAGUUUAGAGUUCGUAACGGAUGAAAAUAGGACAUCUCGAGACAGAUGCCGUCGUUUGCUUUUGGAGUUGUGUCAAAACAAGUAUGCAUUGGCUCCAUUACUUAACGCCCUGAUCCACGACAACAGCUUUCCGUACCUAUGUACUGAGUUGCUCGUUACUCUAGGCGAGGUUAUAGCGACACCACGUCGCAAGUCUCGAAGUUUGAGCUUACCAGUAAAUGACGAAGAUUACACAUUCACUGGAAUCUGCAACCCGUCCAGGGAAAUCAGACGAACAGUGUUUACCAAAGAACAUUUCCAAGCGACAAAGCUGUAUUGUAAAUUACGAAGGUUACUUAACCAAGGCAAGCACUUGCUGCACGAAUUUGACGAUGAGUUAUAUAGAUAUCAGGCUCUAUGGGAAAAACACCAGGACGAUACUCUCAGGAGACAUCUUAUUGCUAACAGGUAUUUCGAAGCUAAAAUUCUCCAGAUGAGAAAGUUAUCGGAAGGAGGCGCGGAGGACAAUACAAUUCGAACUUUAUUCAGUGAUAUUGCCCAACUCGUACCCUACACAUCGCAUCCCUGCGCUUCUGUCACAUCUCUAUUGACAAUAUUCGCUCACGCUCUUUUGACAGCUAGAAAACCGUGUGAAGAAGUCUUGAGUGUACUGAACGAGGCAAAGAGUAACUUUCCGUUCCUUCCAGGUUGUCGCGAAACAUCCCUAGUUCUUAUCACAGAGUUCAAAGUUUACUGGCAAAUAUACGAAAAGAGUUCUGAUAUAGUUACGAAAAAGGAGCUUUUACAGAAAUCCGCAGCUGCUGCGAUGCACUUUGCGGUUGACGAAGAGCUGAACGAAGAUCUGGCUUAUAAACUCUAUAUCAACAGGGGGCUACGGUUUCUACAGUCACUGGCUAACCUCGGUCUUGGCUAUACGCUGAGGAACAUUCGCCAUGAUUGUGUCACAAAAGAAAACAUAGAAAAUGCACGGUCCUUUCUUAAAACUAUUGAUACGGGGGAAGGCUGGCAACAGUUGGAAGUUCGAUGGCGAAUGUCUUUCUAUGCGGCAAAUGCGAAAAUCGCUUUUGUUGAAGGCAAUAUCAAGGAGGCGUUAACAUUAUCCGAAUCUGCUUUGGAUUUGUCAAACAGUAUUCAUUUUAAAGAGGAACAUGACAAUAUAAAGGAAUUCAUUCGAUUCAUAACAGACAACACAGUUCAGCAGAGCUCCGAAUCAGAUCAACAUACAUUAAUCACAAACUCCGUGAGUGAAUCAGAUCAUCAAGGGUCCUCAGAUGUGUUGGAUGUUCAUGAUAAACCAAUUAGUAAUAAAAGGCAACACGUGGACAACGAGCUGGAAAAAUAUCAGUGUGAGGAGUCCGGGAAAAUGAAGUGGACGUUCCCAGCGAUUACAAAGAUGUUUUACCCGGAUUCAGACUAUAAGCAGUGGUAUUCUUCGCGGAUGUUGCAGUAUAUCGGCUUAUUGGUCGUAUUAGCAAUGUUACAAUGCAUUUAUUCUUUCCUUUAAGUUGAGUUUUGGUUCCCAUUAGCUUUGUUGACGACAAUUACAACCUUUUUUCACAUGUCAAACAACAAUACAUAAGUCAAAACAUGAUGAAAAUGAUGCAUGUUAUAUCCGCUGUCAGAGUUCUGCUUCUGUGAUAAAGAAACGUGCAAAAAUGUUAAUGAUAGCGAGAUGAGCAAUAACAGUACGAAUACAUUGAAAAACCUGGCUUUUGCCAGAUUUUACGAUGAGUUUAUAAAAAUUGAUUUGCUGGUAAACUAGUUUUGCUAAGCUUUGCAUUCAUAGAUCAAACAAACAUUUGCGGUCCGUUUCAUAAUAAAUAUUUUGUGUAUCAAUAUUGGAAAACCGCAAAAAUUGUAAAAAAAAAAUGUACAAUAGUCACACCAUAAUGGCAUGUCUUUCAUUAUCAUAUUGAUGACAAGAGGGGUCUAUAUUCAUAUUGGAAAAGCUGAAACAGGAUUCUAAUCCAGUCAUUACAGCUGACGUCAAUGUGUUUGAUGGUUAAUGUACUGCAGUCUGUAAACAAUUCAAACAUAUGAUCACACAUACUUUUAAAGAUCAAUGUGUUACAGUUUCAUUUCUUUAGGUUUAUACACUUUCUUUAAUUACUCAUAUGCUGAUAUGUUGUAGUACAGUAUUGUAUUUAAAUAAUGUUAACACCAAUUUAAAUAGCUUAUUUACGAUAAAACGAUAGUGAGAUAAAGGAUUGAACACGAUGAUUUAAUAGCUGAUCGAUUCAUAGAUAGCCGAGUAGUUUCUGGAAUGCUACAAUACAAAUCAGCUAUUAAUUAUAAGUUCAGUCUUUUUGAUAUAACAUCCAGAGAAACGAGGAAGAAAAACAUGUAACGUAUAGUUAUUGUUACUAUUACUAUUCUGUAAGUUAGCAAUAGCUUUAUUUUACACAAUCAAAAGGCAGCGCUUCAAAUUUCCCCGGUUUUUCUCCAUUGCAUAUAAGUUCAUAAACCACUCAUGACAUUAAUGUUUGUUGAAAACAGUUGCUCUUUGUAUGUAGGGUCAACAGAAUAGUUAUUAUUUGGCGUAUCGAUUUACCGGCGGAAUGAAACCAAUGAAGAGAAGUAUAUCGCAAAGUUACAAAGUUGACUUACACUAUUUUAUUGUGUAACAAGCGAAGAAGUAAUAGUAAUACGGCUGAUGAAGCGAGUUCUUUACCAGAGUAUGUACUAACGAGAUAACUGCACAGUACAGAGCUUCAUUUUAGUCUACGAAGUUGCUUAUUUUAAAUGGUACCUAGGGGGAACCUCAAAUUCCAGUUAAACGAAAAUUACUUUGUAGUCUUUGCCAAAAUUGUUUUAACUCAUUAAUAUUAUUUUCUAUUUUUGUACCACUUACUCAAAUAUGUAUUUAUGAAAGAUUUCUCGUGCUGUCAAUAUGUAGUAGCAUUUCAGUGGUACAACACUAUUAUACAAUUUUUUUUAAUGAACUCGCUUUCUUUUCAAAUAAUGGAGAAGACGUAAUCAUUGAAGUUAUGUAAGAGUUUAUAUCUAAUGUUUGUCUUUGUUUAUGGACAUUAACGUGAUAAUGCUUGUGAUUAUCACUGGAAUCUUACUUCAUCGUCUACCACCAUUAUAAUUUGACAAUACAUCUCUACUCUCUGAUAUUCUGUGAUAUGUCUUUCUGACAACCAACACGUGUAGAGAGAUGUAACUUACAAGGUGUUGUGAUAACUUUUCUUCUCGAUUUUCAUAUGCAUGAUCAUUUUUUAUCUUGACAUAGCUUGGUUGUAAAAAACUUCUGUUAAAUUUGUAGUUGAUGUUUGCUUACGCCUUCAUGUAACAUUUAAAUUAUUAAACGAUUAGGUUUAUUAAUUGCUUGGACAAUGUACAUCAUCUUCUAUUUCUUUCCUACAACACUUUGAGCCGAUUUCUUUUUCUGGCUAUCUUGAGAUGUCAAUACUUUCAGCAUCUAGCACCAUCUACUGAAGGUUGUUAGAAGACGGGGAAGUUGUGACGCGUAUUUAUUGUAUAUUUUUUUUUAUUGUUUUCGCAUUUGUAUGUACGCCACUGUCGUACAUUUCUGAUAUCAUCGUGUAAUAUUAGUCUUACACUUGUUUUUAUAGAAUGGAGAAAUCAUAGGUAAACCACUGAAGAAUAUCUUUAAUAGGAUUAGAAAGAGAAGGUUGUCAAUUACUACUACGAUGGGAAAAAUUAAUUGUCUAAACAUCAAAGAUAAUAUUAUAAUUCCACACGUUAAUAUAAAGAGUAUGGCUACUAUUUGUGCAGUCAAAUUAUGUGGUUAACCUUUGAUUUCGGUUUUGAUAUUAAAUAUUGAUAUUUUAUGGUUAAGUAAUGUUGAUGAAAUGAAUAUAGACAACAUGUUUCAUGUUAGCCUUUAUCUGUAGAAGUAUCGAUCUGUGCAGACACUGCUUUGUUUUUGUAUGCACCAUUGACAGUGUGAUAUCAAUGUACCUAUGCAUUUUUCUCGGUUAUAUAUCAUCAACUUCAAAGUUGAAACAAAGUAUGUUUUCAUUGUUUAACAAAAAUGUAAAAAAGUAUUUAUAAUUCAAAUUGGAGCAACAAUCUCGAGGUUAAUACUCAACCAAAGGACUAGUCACUGGAACAUUAUCAUAUUGUAAAAGUAUUAUUGCCAACACAAUUAUUUGUGUUUUACACAGAUCAGACACCUGAUAUUACUGGUACUCUCUCUCCUUCUCCCUGUGUACAUUUACAUUAUUCUAUAUAUAUAUACCUCACGAAUGUUCAUUAGAUAAUUGCAAAGCAAAGCUUUAUUUUGAGGAAUAAAACGGUUUUUGAACGUAA